ACAGACACACAUACAGCACAGACACACAUACAGCACAGACAGCACACACACAAACACACACACACACAAUAUGUCCGAGUCGCAGCCGCUGCUGGGCGGCGCAGGGCAACGUGCAUCGUCAGGGAUCGCAGCAGCGCCAGGGCCACAUUGGCCAACGCCAACACCAUCCGCAGUCGAGGCGUCGAGUGGCGGCGUGCUGAUCAGCACCCCAACCGGCGGCACCAGAAGUCCUGGUUACCAGAACGCAGGCUCAACAGCGGCAGGUGCGGCAGGAACAGCAGGAGAUGUGGAGGUCGCACAACACGUCGGCCACGUCAAGAACCAGCUCGGCACCAUCAACGGCUGCUAUGUGCCCUGCCUCCUCAACAUCAUGGGCAUCAUCCUCUUCCUCCGCUUGGGCUGGAUUGUGGGCGAGGCAGGCAUCCUCGUCACCCUGGCCAUGCUCACCAUCGCCACGCUGCAGGCUGUCCUGACCGUGCUCAGCGUGAGCGCACUCGUCACCAACGGCAUGAUCUCCACGGGCGGCUCGUACUUUAUGAUCUCACGUUGUCUCGGCCCGGAGUUUGGCGGUGCCAUCGGCCUCCUCUUCUAUGCCGCAUAUGCCAUGGGCGUGGCCUUCUAUUCGCUCGGGUUUGCCACGACGGUACAGAGCACAUUCUUCCCCGACGCGGCGGAACCAAUGUGGAUCAUGCGCCUCAUUGCGUCACUGGGCCUCCUCUUCAUCCUCACCAUCAGCAUGCUCGGCGCAGAGUUCUUCUCCAAGUUCAACGUCCUCUUCUUCAUGGUUCAGUUUGGGUCGAUUGCGAUUGGCAUGAUCAGCUUCCUCAUUCCACGCGACUUUACUGUGCAGUUCACAUCAAAUGGCACCGCCUUCAACACCAGCACCUCAUUCCCCAAGCACGCGCACGAUAACCUGUACCCUGACCUGACGGUGAGCGAGUCGUGCCACGGCAAAUGCGACAUCCACACCAUCUUCGCCAUCAUGUUCCCCAUGGUCACAGGCAUUAUGGAGGGCGCCAAUUUGUCUGGCGAUUUGAAAAACCCGGCGCAUAGCAUCCCCGUGGGCACGUUGUCUGCGCUGCUGACAGCGUACAUCAUCUACACGCUGCAAAUCACGUUUAUGGGCGGCAGCUUCAACCGCUCCACCCUCGUCAACGACCAGAACAUCUACCAGGACGCGUGUGUUGGGUCGCCGUACAUUGUGGUGGUUGGCAUCCUCAUCUCAUCGCUGAGCUCGGGACUUGGCUCGCUGUUUGGCGGGUCGCGUGUGCUGCAGGCGAUGGCGCGAGAUGACCUCAUGGGCAUCCUGAAGCCGUUUGCAUACGGUUCCAAGAAGGGCGAUGAACCACGUGUGGCCGUCGCGUUCACCUGGGUCAUCGCACAGGCGUGCGUGAUGAUUGGCGACCUCGAUGUCGUUGCGCCCAUUGAGACGUCGUUCUUCUGCUUAUCUUAUGCUGUCGUCAACCUCACCUGUUUCAUCCUCAGCGCAAUGGGCGCUCCAAACUUCCGCCCGCGCUUCAAGUUCUACUCCUGGCCAACAGCCCUCCUCGGCGCCAUCCUGAACAUUGUGGUGAUGUUCUAUCUCAACUGGAUCUACGCUGCGGUGACGCUGGCGUGCAUGCUGCUGCUGUACGUCUACCUCUCCCUCUAUGGCCCGGCCACAGACUGGGGCGAUAUCACCAACGAGCUCAUCUACCACCAGGUGCGCAAGUACCUGCUGCGGCUGUCGACAAUGCAGUCGCACUCCAAGUACUGGAAGCCAAACCUGCUGGUGCUGGCUGGCGGGUGCGACGCGGGUCUGCUCGCAUUCUGCAACGCGCUCAAGAAGGGCGGUCUCAUGGUCAUUGCACAGGUGCUGCCUGGCCGCCGUGCAGACAUACACGCGACGUCGCUCCGGCUGCGCGACGCGUGGAACGGGUUUGUCAAGCGGCACCGCCUCAAGUCGUUUGUGCACACGACGGCGAGCGAGGACAUCAACCUCGCAUACCGAAUCCUCAUGGACACCAGCGGUCUCGGCGGUCUCGUCAUCAACACAGUGGUUGUUCCGUUCUUCGAAGCAAAGCGUGAUGACGAUGAGGACGUAUUCGAUGUGCACAUGUACGAGCAAUUGAUCACGCACCUCAACAAGGACAAGGAAAACGUCAACACCGUCCCCGCAAUGAAGUGCAACCUCCCACUGGACUCUGCGCUCCCGUUCUGCCGCCUCGUGUCGGACAUUCUCGCCUACAACAAGAACUGCGUGAUUGCGCGCAACUUUGGCGAGGCCGUUCUCGGUCGCCGCCGCCGCAUCUACACGCACACGAGCGCCCUGCCGAAUGUGGACGUGUGGAUCUUUGGAUCGUGGACCGCCAACAACAGGCAGCGUGCGCCGUCCGCGUUGAGCGUGCCCAUGUCAGAGUCCUCGACCAACUCGACUGCCGACGAUUACGAUGCGAGCACCCCCUCCAUGGAGGAGACACCGGGACCCAUCUGCUUCACGGGUCUUGUCGCCCUUCUCGUUCAGCUCGGCCAGAUCCUGCAGGUGUCGCGAAUUGGCGCAGGUGGUCUGAGGAAACAGCGCAGCCUCCACCGCGUGCGCAUCUUCCACCUCGCAAACAUCGCUGGUUCAUCCGCUACAGAGGCAAACGCCGAGGCCCUGCUGGCUGAGCAACAGCUGCGCGAGUUCUGCAAGGAAGGGCGUGUUGACAUCGAGGACCAGGACAUAAAGAUUGUGACGCUGCAUGACUUGAAGCAGCUUGUACCCGAGUACUGCACAUACAUCCACGACAGCAACAGCGGCGACUUGUCUGAUGUGGAGCAGCUGCCGCCAACGCUACAGGCCACCAUCCUCAACACCCUCAUGAAACACCACGCAGAUAACACGUGCCAGCUGUUCGUGCCACUGCCAGAGCCCCCGCGCCACCUGACCGACGCCUCCGCAUCCGCAUACAUGCACGUGAUUGAUCGCCUGUCUGCAGACCUACCCCCAGUGGCGCUCGUGGCCAGUGGCGAGACCACGUCCUACAUCUCCACGUCCAUGUAGACCCGGUUACUUUGCACCACAAAGGUCGCUCAGCCCAGCAGCGAUGGUUGGGCCUGAUUGGCAAUGCGUGCACGUCUGUGUGUGUGUGUGUGUGUGUGUGUGUGUGUGUG